CAUGUGCGACCAAAGGCUGCUGCAGUCAUCCUCCAAACCUGCAACAUGUGAUAUUAAGGGCUGUAGUGCGAACAGCACGUGUGAUAUGACUACUAGAGUGCCCACCUGUGUUUGUGACUCUAGUUUCGUGCUUCAGUCGGACGGCAGGACGUGCGUUG